AUGCUUCAAGUUGUAAGUGACUUGGAAGGGGACAAAGCUCCAGAUUUGGAUGGGUUUACUGCGUUUUAUCAUCAUUGUUGGAGAGUAAUGGAGAAAGACGUCCUAGCGGUCUUUGAAGAGUUUUUUCAACAUUGUAAGUUUGAAAAAUCCCUUAAUGCUACCUUCAUUGCAUUAAUUCCUAAAAAGAAUGAUGCCUCUAAUAUUAGAGAUUUCUACCCUAUUAGCUUGGUGGGGAGUGUGUAUAAAAUCUUGGCUAAGGUCUUGGCAAAUCGUUUAAGAGUUGUUUUAGAUCAAUUGAUCUCUGAGACUCAGAAUAGCUUUGUGGGUGGGAGACAAAUCCUUGACUCGGCUCUUAUUGCGAAUGAGUGUGUGGAUAGCCGAGGGAAGAGUAGGGUUCCUGGAGUCAUUUGUAAACUUGAUAUUGAGAAAGCCUACGAUCAUAUAAAGGGGUUUGAGACAAGGGGAUCCGCUAUCUCCUAUGCUGUUUUUGAUCAUGAUAGAGAUGUGGAGCAAAUUCUUCAUAUUCAGUUGUUGUUACUUAGUUUUCAGGCGGUAACAAGUUUGAUGGUCAAUGUGCACAAGAGUGAAAUGGUUCCAAUAGGGGAGGUUGUUGAUGUGCAUGUCUGGGCUGAAAUUUUAGGCUGCAGAGUUGGAACUUUGCCUAUGUCUUAUCUUGGCAUGCCGUUGGGGGCUUCACAUAAUUCCCCUUCAAUUUGGAAUCCAAUUUUGGAAAAAAUUGAGUGGAAAUUAACCGGGUGGAAGAAGUUGUAUUUGUCUAAGGGGGGUCGAUUGAUGUUUCUCAAGAGUACGCUAUCUAGUCUUCCUACUUAUUUUCUAUCGUUAUUCACCAUUCCUACUCAUGUAGCUAAUAAAAUUGAAAAGUUGCAAAGGGACUUUCUAUGGGGUGAUAACAAGACUCAUCUGGUAGGAUGGGAUAAAGUUUGUGCGCCUAUAGCCAAUGGUGGCUUGGGGAUAAGGAAACUUACUACUUUCAAUAAGGCCUUAUUGGGGAAAUGGUUGGGGCGGUUUGGGAAGGAAGAGGAUCAGUUAUGGAGGAGGGUGGUAACUUCAAAAUAUGGGGAAGAAUGGGGGGGGAUGGACCUCAAAGCUGGGUAG